GUGUGGAUGAGGUCACCAUCAUCAACAUCCUGACAAACCGCAGCAAUGAACAGAGGCAGGAUAUUGCUUUUGCCUAUCAGAGGAGAACCAAAAAGGAACUUUCUGCAGCGCUGAAGUCUGCUCUGUCGGGUCAUUUGGAGGCGGUGAUCUUGGGCUUGCUGAAGACACCAGCACAGUAUGAUGCCUCUGAACUGAAAGCUGCCAUGAAGGGUCUGGGAACUGAUGAAGACACACUCAUUGAAAUCAUCUGCUCGCGAACAAAUCAGGAGCUUAGUGAAAUUAACAGAGUCUACAGGGAAAUGUACAAGACAGAACUGGAAAAGGACAUUAUAUCAGACACAUCUGGUGACUUUCGCAAGCUAAUGGUUGCCCUGGCCAAGGGCAAAAGGUGUGAAGAUACCUCUGUGAUUGAUUAUGAGCUGAUUGACCAAGAUGCUAGGGAGCUCUAUGAUGCUGGUGUGAAGAGAAAGGGAACUGAUGUCCCCAAGUGGAUCAACAUUAUGACUGAAAGAAGUGUUCCCCACCUGCAGAAAGUGUUCGACAGGUACAAGAGCUACAGCCCAUAUGAUAUGUUGGAGAGCAUCAAGAAGGAGGUUAAGGGCGAUUUGGAGAAUGCCUUCCUUAAUCUUGUCCAGUGCAUUCAGAACAAGCAGCUGUAUUUUGCAGACAGACUGUAUGAUUCCAUGAAGGGCAAGGGAACCCGCGACAAGGUUCUGAUCAGGAUUAUGGUCUCCCGCUGCGAGGUUGACAUGCUGAAAAUUAAGAGCGAAUUCAAGAGGAAAUACGGAAAAUCUCUUUAUUAUUUCAUCCAACAAGACACGAAAGGAGAUUACCAGAGGGCACUGCUGCACCUAUGUGGUGGAGAGGACUGAAAACUGUGAUGGAAGAAACCCAAAUCCAGAGAGAUGCCUUUUUUGCUCUUAAUUUUACUGUAAUCCUAGAAAAAAAUUGACUUGCCUAGCUAACCUUGACUUGCCUUUGUAUCUGCAGGACCACUGAUGUAGUAUGCUUUCCAGUGCUGUGUGCGCUUCUCUCGGCAGCAGUGCUCUGCUUGGCUCUGCCAAAGGCCCUAACAGCAUAUAGCCAGAGAAACUAACCUUCCACAGAUAAACGAGUUUACAAGCAUUUGUGAAAGACUCUGCCUCUCUGUGCGAUGUUUCUAAUAAAACAUAAAUAAAACUGAAGU